CUCCUGUGCUCCAUUUCGCGCAGCAGUCUCACAUACAGGAACAGCAGAGAGGACGCAAAACAAGGUGACUCCUGCAGAGGCCAUCCAGGCAGAUCCUUCUAUGUUUUUCUAGAGCCAGAACAGUUUGGUGUCUACAGACACAGCUUCAACUGUGACCCCAGAGACUGAGACAUCAUGUCAGGGGACGGUAGCCAGGGUGACAAAACCCAGUGCAAUGGAGAGAAAAAUCACAGGUCGGCUCUUCCUGCUGCAAUGUUCUCACGAAGCAAUGUCAGUAUGUGGAGUGUUCUCAAAAAAUGCAUUGGGAUGGAACUGUCUAAAAUCACAAUGCCAGUGAUUUUUAAUGAGCCUUUGAGUUUUCUUCAGAGAUUGACUGAAUACAUGGAGCACACAUACCUCAUCCACAAGGCCAGCACUUCACAAGACUCCAUCCACAGAAUGAAGUGUGUGGCAGCUUUUGCUGUGUCAGCUGUGGCCUCGCAGUGGGAGAGGACGGGAAAACCCUUCAACCCACUGCUCGGAGAAACCUACGAGCUGCUCAGAGAGGAUCUGGGGUUCAGAUGGGUCUCUGAGCAGGUCAGUCAUCAUCCGCCGGUCAGUGCCUUCCACGCCGAGGGCAUAAAGAGCGACUUCAGGUUUCAUGGCUCCAUUUAUCCGAAACUGAAAUUCUGGGGAAAGAGUGUGGAGGCCGAACCUCGUGGAAUCAUCACCUUAGAGCUUCCUCUCCACAAUGAAGCCUACACCUGGACCAACCCGACCUGCUGUGUUCAUAACAUUAUCAUGGGACAACUGUGGAUUGAGCAAUAUGGAAAUGUUGAAAUUAUUAAUCAUAAAACUGGGGAAAGAUGUUGUUUGACUUUCAAACCGUGUGGAAUAUUUGGAAAAGAGUUGCAUAAAGUGGAAGGAUACAUACUUGAUAAAAGUAAAAGAAAGAUCUGUGCUCUGUAUGGCAAGUGGACGGAGUGCUUGUAUUCUGUGGAUCCAGCGAUAUUUGAUGCUCACAGAAAAUCUGACACAAAGCUCUCUGAGAAGGACAGGAAGGGAAGCACACAGAGUAAUAAUGCGGAUGAAAUGCCUCCUCCAGAAGCCGAGACCGUGCAGGCGAUUCCAGGAAGUGAGCUGAUCUGGAGGAUAUCACCGCGACCAGACAACUCCGGGAAAUUCUAUGCUUUCACGACAUUCGCUCUGCAGUUGAAUGCGCUGGAUGCAGAGAUGGAGCGAAUUCUUCCACAAACAGACUGUCGUCUGAGGCCCGAUAUCAGAGCCCUGGAGAAUGGAGACAUAGAUUUGGCCAGUGCAGAGAAGACCAGACUGGAGGAAAAACAACGAACGGCUCUGAAAAAUCGCUCCAAAUCAGACGAGGAAUGGAAAAUAAGGUGGUUUCAUCAGGGGCCGAAUCCUUACACCGGAGCCCCAGACUGGCUCUACACCGGCGGCUACUGGAACAGGAACUACUCACACCUGCCUGACAUAUACUGACCUCAAACUACUGCAGGAAAUGCAUUUGAGUAUAUAUAUAUAUAUAUAUAUAUGACCUGGACCACAAAACCAGUCAUAAGGGUAA